AUGGCGGACGCUGAACGGGUGACAACCAAGAACACUGAUGCGGUCGAGCUCGCCAACCUCGGCUACAAGGACGAACUCCAACGACGUUUCUCGCUACCAUCUCUUCUUGGUCUCUGCCUUUGCUUGAUGGGGACGUGGGAGGCUUGUUCAGCCUCCAUCGCCGCGGCUUUGACGAGCGGCGGUGCGCCAUGCCUCUGGUAUAACUUUAUUCUCUCCUUUCUAUUUACCCUCGCGAUUGGCGCCUCUCUUGCCGAAAUCGCCUCAAUAUAUCCGACGUCUGGUGGCCAGUAUCAUUGGGUCACAGCAUUAUCUCCCGACCGUGGUAGAAAGACAGCUUCGUGGCUCACAGGGUGGAUAUCUAUUGGCGGCCAGGUUGUUUUACUUGCAUCGGCUGGCUUUUAUUCGAGCUUCAUGGUCCAGGGUCUCAUCUCCCUCGGCAAUCCAUCCUAUCACCCAGAGCGAUGGCACGCCACUCUCAUCUACAUUGGCAUUUUGAUCUAUUGUGCAAUGUUGAACAUUAUCGGCGAGAGGGUGCUCCCGACGGCGAACUUUAUCUCCGGCGCCCUCCAUAUCUUUGGAUUCCUUGCCGUCCUAAUCGCACUCGGUGUCACGUCCAAGAAAAACACUUCUGAAUACGUCUUCACUACGACCUUCAAUAAUACGAAUUGGAAUGAUGGCGUUGCUUGGAUUGUCGGCAUGAUCAGCUCUAUAUAUCCAUUCUUAGGGUACGAUGGUGCUUGCCAUCUGGCUGAAGAACUACCGCAUCCUCGCCGCAAUGUACCACUCGCGAUGAUUGGAAGCAUCGCCAUCAACGGUGCUAUGGGCGUUGGCUAUGUCACAAUGUUGCUGUUCUCAGCGGGAUCGCUUGACCGCAUCCUGGCUACACCCUACAGACUUCCCUUCAUCCAGAUCUACUACGAUGCGACUCAUUCAGUCGUCGGCACUACAUUCAUGGUCCUGGUAUCGGCUUUGACAGCAAUUGCUGCCGCUGCUGCAGGCAUGACUUCUGCUUCUCGAACUUUGUGGUCCUUUGCGCGCGAUGACGCUACUCCCUUCCACUCAUGGAUCGGGCAUAUCCAACCUAAGCUCAAGAUUCCAGUCAAUGCAGUUCUUGUGGUUUUUGUGCUCGAUUUGCUGCUUGGUUUGCUGUACUUGGUCAACCCCACAGCGUCCAACGCCAUCUUGUCCAUGUCCGCUACGGGAAUGUACCUUUCCUACUUAAUGCCUGUUGCAUGCAUGCUGAUUUGGGGCCGAAGCAAGCUGCAACCAUCAGAUUAUGGCCCUUUCAAGUUGGGAAAGGUUCUAGGAAUUUUCUUGAACUUGGCUGCCAUUAUUUGGAUGGUGUUUUCUAUCAUCUUUAGUCUAUUCCCGGGUUCUUUGCCUGUAACGUCCGAGAAUAUGAACUACUCAGUGGCUGUUAUGUCUGGUUGGAUUAUACUUGGAGCUGUCCACUUUGCCCUUAUUGGUAGGAAGAAGUUCAAGAUGCCGGUUGUAGCAGCCACCGUCGUGGAGGGAAUGGAAGUCAAGUGACAGAAUCGGAAGACCUGGUUCGUUUGGAAUCAGGAGGGGAGACUGCGUGGCUUCCCUCAGGUUUGUGUGAUUUGCUUUCUGGGCUGUACGAAGUUCUGCUGCAUGUUUUGACUGCUAGGAGCCAUGUCUUUGUUGUAGCUAUUAAUUUACGUUUCCAUUAUGA